AUGGACGGCUCCAAGGGUUCCAGGAAGCGCAAAGCUGUCACUAGAGACCUGGGCGAAGAGCCUGGUGUGGUCUCUGGGAACGAACUCAAUCUGGAUUCAGCGGACAGAAGCCUCGCCGAUCACUCUGACGAUUCGGAGAUAGAAUUGGCCGACGAUCUCAACAGUGACGACGAUGAGGAGGAGGAUGAGGAGGACGAGGAGGAGGGCGAAGACGAAAUUAACAGCGAUGAAGUCCCGUCAGAUAUAGAGCCCAAGGUCGUUGGCAAAAAGUCGAGGCCGGGCCGCGAAGUUGACAUUAUCGUUCGCGGGGACGAUACCGACGACGACGACUUCGAGAGUGAUGAUAGACCCAAUUACCGAGUAGUAAAAGAUGCCAAUGGAAACGAACGAUAUGUGUAUGAUGAAAUCAACCCGGAUGACAACUCGGAUUACUCUGAAACUGAUGAAAAUGCGAAUACUAUCGGGAAUAUCCCGCUCUCCUUUUACGACCAGUACCCACACAUUGGGUAUAAUAUUAACGGGAAAAAAAUAAUGCGACCAGCAAAGGGACAGGCUCUUGAUGCAUUGUUGGAUAGUAUAGAACUUCCCCAGGGGUUUACAGGUUUAACAGACCCUGCUACCGGAAAACCCUUGGAAUUGACUCAAGACGAAUUAGAAUUACUGCGCAAGGUGCAAAUGAAUGAAAUUACGGAGGAGGGCUAUGACCCUUACCAGCCAACUAUCGAGUACUUCACUAGCAAGCUGGAGGUUAUGCCGCUGAGUGCGGCUCCGGAGCCAAAGCGGCGGUUUGUUCCGUCGAAACAUGAGGCCAAGCGCGUGAUGAAAUUGGUCAAGGCAAUCAGAGAAGGGCGAAUUCUUCCCUACAAGCAGCCAGCUGAGGAAGAUGAGGCGGGGGAAGGUGUACAGACAUAUGAUAUCUGGGCCAAUGAGACUCCGCGAGCAGACCAUCCGAUGCACAUACCUGCUCCUAAGCUUCCCCCCCCUGGUUAUGAGGAGAGUUACCAUCCACCACCAGAAUAUCUACCUGAUGAAAAGGAGAAGUCAGCCUGGCUGAACACGGAUCCGGAGGAUCGUGAAACAGAAUACCUACCCACAGAUCAUGAUGCCCUCCGAAAGGUUCCCGGGUACGAAUCAUUUGUCAAGGAGAAAUUUGAACGCUGUCUUGAUUUAUAUUUGGCCCCCAGAGUGAGGCGAAGUAAACUAAAUAUUGAUCCGGAAAGUUUGCUUCCCAAGUUACCCAGCCCUGAAGAGCUGAAACCCUUCCCGUCGACGUGCGCUACUCUAUUCCGUGGACACCAGGGGCGAGUCCGAACUCUGGCCAUCGAUCCUACGGGCGUUUGGCUUGCGAGCGGCGGUGACGAUGGCACUGUGCGUGUGUGGGAUAUUCUUACCGGGCGCCAGUUUUGGUCCGUGGAGCUGAGUGACGAUGAUGCCAUAAAUGUCGUCCGAUGGAGACCUGGGAAAGAUGCUGUGGUUCUGGCGGCUGCAGCUGGCGAUAGUAUAUUCCUCAUGGUACCACCUGUACUUGAUCCAGAAAUGGAAAAGGCCAGUCUUGAGGUUGUGGAUGCUGGAUGGGGAUAUGCCAAAACAUCCCCCUCAACCUUAACCUCAACAGAUAGUACGAAGACGUCACCGGUCCAAUGGACCCGUCCUUCAUCUUCACUUCUCGACUCUGGCGUACAGGCCGUUAUCUCCCUGGGCUACAUCGCAAAAUCUCUCUCCUGGCAUCGACGGGGCGAUUACUUCGUGACCGUAUGCCCAGGCACAUCUACUCCCGUCUCCCUCGCAAUAGCAAUCCACACCCUUUCGAAACACCUUACCCAGCACCCAUUCCGCCGUCGCCUGAAGGGCGGCGGCCCACCACAAACCGCCCACUUCCACCCAUCCAAACCCAUCCUCUUCGUCGCAAACCAACGCACAAUCCGCGCAUACGAUCUGUCCCGGCAAACCCUCGUCAAGAUUCUCCAGCCCGGUGCCCGGUGGAUCUCCUCUUUCGACAUCCACCCAACCUCCUCCUCCACUUCUGGCGGUGACAAUCUGAUCGUAGGCUCAUACGAUCGACGCCUCCUCUGGCAUGAUGUGGAUCUCUCCCCGCGCCCAUAUAAGACGCUCCGUUACCAUCAGAAAGCCAUCCGUGCCGUGCGUUAUCAUGCGAACUACCCACUCUUUGCUGACGCGAGUGAUGAUGGGUCCCUGCAAAUCUUCCACGGAAGCGUUACGGGUGAUCUUCUCAGUAACGCUAGCAUUGUUCCAUUGAAAGUCCUUCGGGGCCAUAAGGUUACAGGCGAGUUGGGUGUUUUGGAUCUGGAUUGGCAUCCGAAAGAGGCGUGGUGUGUCAGUGCAGGUGCGGAUGGGACGUGUCGGUUGUGGAUGUAG